CUUCAACUAUCUAUGCUCCGUUCGCCGAGAGAGAGAGAGAGAGAGAGAGACUGAAUGAAGAUGAUGGAAAGAAGAAAAAUGAACAAAUCAAGAGUAAAGCAGCUCGCGAUUCUCUCGCUCGUGUUUGCUUUCUCCUUCGAUCUAACUAACGCUCUCUACGGAUCCUCUUCCCCUGUGCUUCAGCUCACUCCUUCUAAUUUCAAGUCUAAGGUUCUCAAUUCAAAUGGUGUUGUUUUGGUAGAGUUCUUUGCACCAUGGUGCGGUCAUUGUAAAUCCUUAACACCAACUUGGGAGAAGGUUGCUACUACUUUGAAAGGUAUUGCUACUGUGGCUGCCAUUGAUGCUGACGCCCACAAGUCCGUCUCUCAGGAUUAUGGCGUCAGGGGUUUCCCAACUAUUAAAGUGUUCGUUCCUGGGAAGCCUCCUGUUGAUUAUCAAGGAGCUAGGGAUGCUAAAGCCAUCUCUCAAUUUGCUAUCAAGCAGAUAAAGGCGUUGUUAAAAGAUCGUUUGGAUGGUAAAACCACCGGCACAAACACUGGAGGAGGAGGAUCCGGUGAGAAGAAGAAAUCCGAGCCUAGUGCCUCUGUUGAACUCAACUCUAGCAAUUUUGACGAGCUGGUCACUGAAAGCAAAGAUCUUUGGAUUGUUGAGUUUUUUGCACCUUGGUGUGGACAUUGCAAAAAGCUAGCUCCUGAGUGGAAAAAGGCUGCAAACAAGUUGAAGGGGAAGGUCAAACUAGGUCAUGUCGACUGUGAUGCCGACAAGGCGAUACAGAGCAGGUUCAAGGUGAAAGGAUUCCCCACCAUCUUGGUCUUUGGUGCUGACAAAAGCAGCCCAUUGCCUUAUGAGGGUGCUAGAUCUGCAUCAGCCAUCGAAUCUUUUGCCCUGGAACAGCUUGAAUCCAAUGCUGGACCUGUUGAAGUAACUGAACUAACUGGGCCGGAUGCCAUGGAAGAGAAGUGUGGUCCUGCUGCUAUUUGCUUUGUUUCUUUCUUACCUGACAUUCUGGACUCAAAAGCUGAAGGAAGGAACAAGUAUUUGGAGAUGCUAUUAUCAGUUGCAGAGAAGUUUAAGAAGGACCCUUACAGCUUUGUGUGGGUGGCUGCUGGGAAGCAACCUGAUUUGGAGAAGCGUGUUGGUGUUGGAGGAUAUGGUUACCCAGCAAUGGUAGCCUUGAAUGCAAAGAAAGGAGCUUAUGCUCCACUUAAAAGCGGUUUUGAGGUUAAACACCUCAUAGAAUUCGUGAAGGAAGCUAAGGCAGGAGGAAAAGGGAAUUUGCCCAUAGACGGAACACUGGAGAUAGUGAAGACAGAAGCUUGGGAUGGUAAGGACGGAGAGGUGGUCGAUGCAGAUGAGUUCUCACUUGAAGAACUCAUGGCAGAUGAUUGAUGCUGCUGCUGCCUCCACUGAGUCAAAGGAGCAGUGGUGAACAGCUCUUUUACCUCACCUGUACGGUUUUAGUUUCUUGAAAGAUUGUUAAAAAUGCUCCAGAAAGGCAGUUAUAUCAUGUCAAAGGGUUGCAAGAGAGUAACACACUUUUUGAUUUCAUAUUUAGAUAUAGACAGACUUCGGUGUGAAUGUUUCAGCUUCGAGAUGACCUCUAUAUAAUUGGUUUGUCUUAUAUAA